GCCGCAGUGCGCACGCGCAGACGCAGCUGGCUGCCCGACAAGGCCCCGCGGGCUACGGAGCACGCGUGGACUCGAGCGGCGAGUGGAGUGAGGAGCCCGCGCCGACUCCGCUCGUCCGCGUCUCCCGACACAGUCAGGGUGUGAGAUGAGUGACUCCGAAGACGAGGGGCCCCCCCAGCUUUCUUCAUACGCCCUUGCAGCUCUGCAGGAGUUUUAUGCUGAGCAGCAGCAGCACCACUCUGACCUCCGUGGUGACGACAAGUACAACAUCGGGAUAAUAGAAGAGAACUGGCAGCUGAGCCAGUUCUGGUACAGCCCGGAGACGGCCAUGCGCCUUGCUGAGGACGCCGUGGCAGCUGCCGGGGAGGGCGGCAGAAUAGCGUGUGUGAGUGCCCCCAGUGUCUACCAGAAGCUGAGAGAGCGGCACAGAGACGAUGUCUCGGUCUGCAUCUUCGAGUACGACCGCAGGUUUGCCGUAUACGGAGAGGACUUUGUCUACUAUGACUACAAGAACCCUGUGGACUUACCUGAGAGGAUCGCCACACACAGCUUUGACAUCGUCGUGGCAGAUCCCCCCUAUCUCUCGGAGGAAUGUCUUAGGAAAAUGUCGGAAACCAUCAAGCUCCUGACCCGGGGAAAGAUCCUGCUGUGCACAGGUGCUGUCAUGGAGGCGGCGGCAGCAAAGCUGCUUGGAGUGAAGAUGUGCAAGUUUAUUCCAGAACACACUCGCACCCUGGGAAACGAGUUUCGCUGUUUCGUGAAUUACAACUCCAGGCUGGACCAUGAUCUCUCAGUGCAGCUCCCAGUGCAGGAAGGACCCAAGUGACAUUUCCUCUCUGAAAAACUACCACCUCCCCAGUCCUCAUUUUCGAGGUAAAGACAUUAUGAUUUCCUUAGGAUGUCCCUGGAGCUCAGGGUGCUUUUGCCAACUUGAGUCUGUAGAAUUAUAUCUGGAAGAACUUUUAGACCCCAUCUAGUGGAGAAGGCAAUGGCACCCCACUCCAGUACUCUUGCCUGGAAAAUCCCACAGAUGGAGGAGCCUGGUAGGCUGCAGUCCAUGGGGUCGCACAGAGUCGGACACGACUGAAGCGACUUAGCAGCAGUCUGCUCUCCUCACUUAACACAGGUAAAGAGCAGUACGUAGUGACCAGCCAAGACCUCAGCCCCUGGCUCUAACAGCCAGGGAGUUUGUAGUUGAGGAUGCAGUUUGUGUCCAGAAGAGGGAGGGCACAUGCCCAGUAAAUAUUUGUUAAAUGAAUUCCAUUUAGAGAGAAGGUGCAAAUAAAGGUUACCUUUCUGGA